AUGAAGCUAAUUGAAGAGGGAGCUGCACUUGGAAAAGCAGGUAUGGAGAGUGACAAAGUAAGCCAUGUCCAACCAAAUAACAAUUCAGAAGACAACACAUCAAGGUCAUUUCCAUGUUUAUAUUGUUCAAGAAAGUUCCACAGUUCACAAGCACUAGGAGGCCAUCAAAAUGCUCACAAGAAAGAAAGAACAGCAGCCAGAAAGAACAAGAGAUCAAUUAUGUCAUCUCAUCAUCAUCACGACUAUGCUUCACUACUUCCUCAAACACCUCUUCUUUUUGCACCUAACCAUCAUCCCAUUGGCCUUAUAAAUCAUCCUUCUCUUUAUAUAACUGCACAUGCAGCCAACUUUUGUCAGUUUCCAUCAUUUGGAUCAAAUGGAGCAACAAGAUUUGAUAAUAAUAACAAUGCAAUGCUUUAUCGAAAUCAGUAUGGGAACUAUAAUAAUAGUAACCCUUAUGUGCUUGAGGGAGAUGAACAAGGUUUCCCAAAAUGCAACGAUGAUUUCUUUGAAGAAUGUCAUGAUAACGUACCAACUUUUGUUAAGGAUGAUAGAGAUCAGAAGCUUGAUUUGUCACUCCAUUUAUAGUCUCUUUUUUUGGUUGGGAUUUUUGUGUUUUAUUUAGAAUGCCCGUCACUCUUUAUUUUAUUUUUUUUGGUUCCCUAAUGAUAUCAUAGCUAGUGUCUGGU